GUGCUCUGCGCAUGUGUGGCGAGGCUGAGCUGGUGUGCGGGUGCACUGGCCCGGGGAAGGGGAGUGGGAGCCCCGGGACCCCGCAGCACAGGCCGAGGUGUCGGGCGGGGCGUAGAUUGACGGAGGCAGUAGAAGUGGCUCAAGAGGAUCCGUCUGCUCUGCUCCGGGGCGCCCGACCGUGGUGAGGUCAGGUCGGUACCCGGUGCACCCCGGGCUGUCCUGCGCCACCCAGGUCGCCGUGCUCUUCGGCUCCCGGUGCCGCCCGGGGCCCACCAGCUCCCCGUGCACCUGGUGCACCCCGUGUUCCCAGUGCACCCCGCGCAGUCCGGGGCCCACCAGCUCUCCGUGCACCCGGUGCACCCCGAGGCCCGCCAUGGCCCAGCAGAGAGCCUUGCCUCAGAGCAAGGAGACGCUGCUGCAGUCGUACAACAAGCGGCUCAAGGACGACAUCAAGUCCAUCAUGGACAAUUUUACCGAGAUAAUCAAGACUGCCAAGAUUGAGGAUGAGACACAGGUGUCUCGGGCCACUCAGGGUGAACAGGACAAUUACGAGAUGCAUGUGCGAGCAGCUAACAUUGUCCGAGCGGGGGAGUCACUGAUGAAGCUGGUGUCUGACCUCAAGCAGUUCCUGAUACUCAACGACUUCCCGUCUGUGAAUGAAGCCAUUGACCAGCGUAACCAGCAGUUGCGUGCCUUGCAGGAGGAAUGUGACCGCAAGCUCAUCACCCUGCGGGAUGAGGUCUCCAUCGACCUGUAUGAGCUGGAGGAGGAGUUCUACUCGUCCAGCUCGAGUCUCUGCGAAGCUAAUGACCAGCCUCUGUGCGAAGCUUACUGGAGGCUGGACCCCGACACAGAUUCUGCUGAUGGCCUCUCGGCCCCUCUGCUGGCAUCCCCGGAGCCCGGUGCUGGUCCCCUGCAGUCUGCAGCCUCUGCCCACUCCCAUGCUGGUGGCCCUGGCCCUACGGAGCACACCUGAUCCUCUUGGGGCUGCCCUCUCAGGACUGCCCUCCCCAGGUCCCUAGUUUAUCAGAAAGGAAGUUCUGGGCUCCCCUCUAGGUGCCCACCACAGCCCUGCUUCUUUCAGCCUUCAUCUGGGGACUCCAGGACCAGUUCCCCAUGUAGUUGGGGGCACUAUUGCAGUCAUUUCCAGGAUGCCCUCAUCUCUAGCAGCUGCCUUACCUUCCUGACUGCCAGGUGGUAGGAAGCUUGUGGAAUAGAUGAGUGGCUGGUGCAGGGAAGACAGCCUUGGUUUAGAAUUGGGAGGCGCUCAGUGGCUGUGGUGGCCAAGCCCAGACAACCUCCCUAGGCCAGGGCUCCUGUGCCUUGUGCCCAGAGCACAAUUGUCUGCCCUGGCAAAGCUGUGUGAAGCCAGCCGGGUGCUUUGUCCUGGAUUCUGCUGCCAUUUCAGUCUACUUUUGUAACAAGAAUGUUGAAUAAAAAUCACCGUUUUGUGUUUUCACCUUC